AUGGGGCCUGGUCAGCUGAGGAUCUGCGAGGACGACUACCGCUGCCGUGCCCAUGCCAACCACGUCCCCUACCUCGGUGAACACAACUGCGACAGCCGCGGAUGCCCCAAGCCUGGAGGCACUCGUGAGGACCCCGUCCUGAAAGAGAUUGUCAUCGUCAAAGAUCUCUGCGCACGUUGCAAAGAGAAACUCAGCAAGUCGGGCCUAGGACCGGCGCAACACUAG